ACGUGAUCUCGUGUCGAAUGGCUGCCUCCUCGUGCCAUGUGUGGUAGUUUUUGCUACACUUGAGACGCGUUAGGGAACAGUAUUUACCUCAGAAUAGCGUAAGUACACGGGCAAUGAAAACCAACAAAUUCCAGUCCAAGAAGAAGGGCUCCAUGAAUUUAAAGAAAUCGGCUAAACGUGGGAUCAAUGUCAGAGGUAGCUGGAAGGUAGUGCAGCUUGAUCCCAGUCUUUUCCCAGAGGAGGACAUAGGGGAGCUUGUAAGCUUUGAGGAGCUAACAGACUACCGUCUGGUGGACUCGCAUAAGGUUGCUCUGAAAGAGGAUAACAAGAAGAAGAAGAAAAAGAAAGAGAGGGAGAAGAAAGGACAGAAAAGAAAAGCAAGUGAUGGAGAUGAAAUGGAAGCGGGCAUUCAGGAGGCUGCAGAUGAUGGAGGUGGGGAGGAGGAGAAGGAAGAGGAGUCAGAAACACCAUCCAAAAAAAAGAAGAGAAAGAUGCGUGAAACAGAUGAUAGUGUUGGUAAUGUCUCCACUGUAGAAGGGAAUGGUGCAAAAGCAAAACAGGAUAAAAAAUCUGAACACAGUCCAGCACUGGAGUCUUCAGCAGCCUCUGAGAAAAUCAAGAAAAAAAGGAGGGUAAAAAAUUUGAAGGAACCAUCCACAGAGAGCCAAACUACAUCUAAUACUAAGGUACCUAGUGAUUCAGGAUCACCUGCCAAAGUUCCAUUAUUCUCCAAAAGGAAGACAAAGAAUUGGACCAAAGUUGCACUCUCUGGCUCUUCAGGUCAUGAGACAGAUGUGUCUGCAUGGAAGGACCUGUUUGUCCCGGAACCAGUCCUGGAUGCUCUGUGUUGUCUUGGGUUUAGUUCACCAACACCAAUCCAAGCUCUUGCUCUGCCUCCUGCCAUCAGGGACCGGUUGGAUGUUCUUGGAGCAGCUGAGACUGGCAGUGGGAAAACACUGUCUUUUGGAAUUCCCAUGAUCCAUUCCAUCUUGGAAUGGAGGAAAACACAGAAUAUGAAGCCCAAAGAGGGGACUGUAGAUGAAAGUGUGACCGAGGCUGUCAGCAAAUCCGAGUCUGAGCAGCCAGCAAGCACAGAGGAAAUAGGACGAGAGGAAUGUGGUGAUACACUAAAUGAUGAAGGCAGUGAUGAUGAUGAACAAGAUGUACCAGAAGAUGAUAUGGAGGAUGAUGACAAUGAAGACAUCAAUUCUCAGCAGCUUGGUUGUGUUAAAGUCAUAGAAGAUGUGGAGUUUGACUUUGACAUCACUGGUAAGACUGGUGAUUUGAAAUCCCAAGCCAUUCAGAAACAGCCAUUACUGGGACUGGUUCUAACCCCAACCAGGGAGUUGGCCGUUCAAGUGAAGCACCACAUAGAUGCUGCCGCCCAGUUUACAGGUAUAAAGACUGCCAUUGUUGUCGGGGGUAUGGCUCCGCAGAAGCAAAACAGGAUAUUGAAGCGACAACCUGAAAUAGUAAUUGCCACCCCUGGCCGACUUUGGGAGCUCAUUAAGGAGGGACAUCCCCAUUUGCAGAACCUCGGGCAUCUCAGGUGUCUUGUCAUUGACGAGGCAGACCGAAUGGUUGAAAAAGGUCACUUUGCAGAGCUGGAGAAUCUGCUAGAGAUGCUCAACAAUACUCAGUUCAGUCCAAACAGGCAGACUUUUGUGUUCUCUGCAACACUGACCAUGGUGCACCAGCUGCCCAGUCGCAUCUGGCAGAAAAAGAAGGGUAAAAAGCAGGAUCACCGUAGCAAACUGGAGAUCCUCAUGGAAAAAGUGGGAAUCAAGGCCAAGCCCAAGAUCAUAGAUCUCACCCGAAAGGAGGCCACAGUGGAGACACUGACCGAGACACGGAUCCAUUGUGACAAGGAUGACAAGGACUUCUACCUGUACUACUUUCUACGGCAGUACCCAGGCCGCACCAUGGUGUUUGCCAACAGCAUUGACUGCAUCAAGCGACUCACGUCCUUGCUCACUAUACUGGAUUGUGCCCCUUUACCCCUGCAUGCCAACAUGCACCAGAAGCAACGCCUUAAGAAUCUGGAGAGGUUUGCUGAGAAAGAAAGCUCUGUGCUCCUCACUACCGAUGUGGCAGCUCGAGGUCUGGACAUUCCCAACGUCCAGCAUGUGAUCCACUACCAGGUGCCACGAACAUCGGAAACAUAUGUUCACCGCAGCGGCCGCACAGCCAGGGCUAGUAAAGAGGGUCUCAGCCUGCUUCUGAUUGGUCCAGAUGAUAUGAUAAACUUUAGAAAAAUAUACAGAACACUUGGAAAGGAUGAGGAUCUACCAAUAUUUCCCAUACAAGUCAGAUGCAUGGCUGCAGUCAAGGAGCGUGUUAACCUUGCUAGGAAGAUUGAGAAGAUUGAGUACCAUAACAGCAGGGAGAAGCAGCACAACUCCUGGUUCAAACAAGCAGCAGAAGAACUUGACAUAGAACUGGAUGAUGAUGUUCUUCUGGGACGGGGGAAAGAUGAAGCUGAAGAGAGGCAGCAACAGAAGAUGAUUAAGGGCCUUAAAAAACACUUGCAGCAUCUGCUGCAGCAGCCAAUUUUCCAGAAUGCCAUGAAGACCAAGUACCCCACACAGAUGGGGAAGCUUACCUUGCCUAAACUUCCACUCGCCAAUGUGGAGACCGCCCUGGACAGCCUGAGCAAACAGAAACAGAAGCAGAAAGGACAUAAGAAGAAGAAUCAGAAACAGCAGCAGUAGCUACCACUCUGAAACAUAAUUUUUAAACUGGGCAGGAGUUUAUAAAUGUUUUAUAAAAAAUGUUUUAUGAAUGCAUAUUAUCUGUCCCUCUGCUACUUUCUUAUGUUCACAC